GCCCAUUGUUACCUUGUACCAUUGGGAUUUGCCUCUGACGCUCCAGGAAGAAUAUGGGGGCUGGAAAAAUGCAACUAUGAUAGAUCUCUUCAACGACUAUGCCACAUACUGCUUCCAGACCUUUGGAGACCGUGUCAAAUAUUGGAUUACAAUUCACAACCCUUACCUUGUUGCUUGGCAUGGGUUUGGCACAGGCACAUUCGAAAGUGUGGCAUAACUACGACAAAAACUUCCGCCCUCAUCAGAAGGGUUGGCUCUCCAUCACCUUGGGGUCCCAUUGGAUAGAGCCAAACAGAACAGACAACAUGGAGGACGUGAUCAACUGCCAGCACUCCAUGUCCUCUGUGCUUGGAUGGUUCGCCAACCCCAUCCACGGGGACGGCGACUACCCUGAGUUCAUGAAGACGGGCGCCAUGAUCCCCGAGUUCUCUGAGGCAGAGAAGGAGGAGGUGAGGGGCACGGCUGAUUUCUUUGCCUUUUCCUUCGGGCCCAACAACUUCAGGCCCUCAAACACCGUGGUGAAAAUGGGACAAAAUGUAUCACUCAACUUAAGGCAGGUGCUGAACUGGAUUAAACUGGAAUACGAUGACCCUCAAAUCUUGAUUUCGGAGAACGGCUGGUUCACAGAUAGCUAUAUAAAGACAGAGGACACCACGGCCAUCUACAUGAUGAAGAAUUUCCUAAACCAGGUUCUUCAAGCAAUAAAAUUUGAUGAAAUCCGCGUGUUUGGUUAUACGGCCUGGACUCUCCUGGAUGGCUUUGAGUGGCAGGAUGCCUAUACGACCCGACGAGGGCUGUUUUAUGUGGACUUUAACAGUGAGCAGAAAGAGAGGAAACCCAAGUCCUCGGCUCAUUACUACAAGCAGAUCAUACAAGACAACGGCUUCCCUUUGAAAGAGUCCACGCCAGACAUGAAGGGUCGGUUCCCCUGUGAUUUCUCUUGGGGAGUCACUGAGUCUGUUCUUAAGCCCGAGUUUACGGUCUCCUCCCCGCAGUUUACCGAUCCUCACCUGUAUGUGUGGAAUGUCACUGGCAACAGAUUGCUCUACCGAGUGGAAGGGGUAAGGCUGAAAACAAGACCAUCCCAGUGCACAGAUUAUGUGAGCAUCAAAAAACGAGUUGAAAUGUUGGCAAAAAUGAAAGUCACCCACUACCAGUUUGCUCUGGACUGGACCUCUAUCCUUCCCACUGGCAAUCUGUCCAAAGUUAACAGACAAGUGUUAAGGUACUAUAGGUGUGUGGUGAGCGAAGGACUGAAGCUGGGCGUCUUCCCCAUGGUGACGUUGUACCACCCAACCCACUCCCAUCUCGGCCUCCCCCUGCCACUUCUGAGCAGUGGGGGGUGGCUAAACAUGAACACAGCCAAGGCCUUCCAGGACUACGCUGAGCUGUGCUUCCGGGAGUUGGGGGACUUGGUGAAGCUCUGGAUCACCAUCAAUGAGCCUAACAGGCUGAGUGACAUGUACAACCGCACGAGUAAUGACACCUACCGUGCAGCCCACAACCUGAUGAUCGCCCAUGCCCAGGUCUGGCACCUCUAUGAUAGGCAGUAUAGGCCGGUCCAGCAUGGGGCUGUGUCGCUGUCCUUACAUUGCGACUGGGCAGAACCUGCCAACCCCUUUGUGGAUUCACACUGGAAGGCAGCCGAGCGCUUCCUCCAGUUUGAGAUCGCCUGGUUUGCAGAUCCGCUCUUCAAGACUGGCGACUAUCCAUCGGUUAUGAAGGAAUACAUCGCCUCCAAGAACCAGCGAGGGCUGUCUAGCUCAGUCCUGCCGCGCUUCACCGCGAAGGAGAGCAGGCUGGUGAAGGGUACCGUCGACUUCUACGCACUGAACCACUUCACUACGAGGUUCGUGAUACACAAGCAGCUGAACACCAACCGCUCAGUUGCAGACAGGGACGUCCAGUUCCUGCAGGACAUCACCCGCCUAAGCUCGCCCAGCCGCCUGGCUGUAACACCCUGGGGAGUGCGCAAGCUCCUUGCGUGGAUCCGGAGGAACUACAGAGACAGGGAUAUCUACAUCACAGCCAAUGGCAUCGAUGACCUGGCUCUAGAGGAUGAUCAGAUCCGAAAGUACUACUUGGAGAAGUAUGUCCAGGAGGCUCUGAAAGCAUAUCUCAUUGACAAGGUCAAAAUCAAAGGCUACUAUGCAUUCAAACUGACUGAAGAGAAAUCUAAGCCUAGAUUUGGAUUUUUCACCUCUGACUUCAGAGCUAAGUCCUCUGUCCAGUUUUACAGCAAGCUGAUCAGCAGCAGUGGCCUCCCCGCUGAGAACAGAAGUCCUGCGUGUGGUCAGCCUGCGGAAGACACAGACUGCACCAUUUGCUCAUUUCUCGUGGAGAAGAAACCACUCAUCUUCUUCGGUUGCUGCUUCAUCUCCACUCUGGCUGUACUGCUAUCCAUCACCGUUUUUCAUCAUCAAAAGAGAAGAAAAUUCCAGAAAGCAAGGAACUUACAAAAUAUACCAUUGAAGAAAGGCCACAGCAGAGUUUUCAGCUAAACUGCCAUUUCUGUCAUAGUUUCAAGAUUCACUCCGGCUCCAUGUACUGGUAACUUACGAUGUGAGAGACAGCUGUAACCAAGGUGAAGACAAUCGAUGCCUCUGAAGUGUGGUUCAAAUAAUUCCUUCAGGUCCCGACAAUCAGUGAGUCCGUUCUCCGAGCUGAAGACACCCUGACAGUAACUCUGGGCGUGACCCUAAACAUCGCUUCAGGAAGUGUGAAUCACGACUUCACAUCCUUUUUCUCUAGCAUUCUUCUGUAAAUAACAAUCACUAUUCAUGGUCAAGAAAUUAAUUUUAAAAAGUGAAAUUUUGUUGUCUUAGACUUCGUGGUUUAAACCUAUUUUGAUGUCAAUGUUGAUUUGAGGCAGGUCUAUUAUGUAGCUCUGGCUGUCAUGGAACUUGCUAUGUAGACCAGGCUGGUCUCAACCUCACAAAGGGCCACCUGCCUCAGCCUUCUGAGUACUGGGAUCAAAGGUGUGCAUCACCAUACCUGGCUAAAACUAUUUAAACUGGAGAGUUAGUGACAUACUCUUGUCACCUCUAACAAGGUAUUCUCUGUUUGGUUAGGUCAUGGUUGUCCUCAGAUGCAAUGUACAAACACAACAGGAUUUUAGAUCAUGCCUGUCCAUAGGUAGUUAAAGCAUAAGCUAUAAAACUCACCAAUGUGCACGCCUUUAAUCCCAGCACUUGGGAAGCAAAGGCAGGUGGAUUUCUGAGUUCGAGGACAGCCUGGUCUACAAAGUAAGUUCCAGGACAGCCAAGGCUACACAGAGAAACCCUGUCUUGAAAAACCAAAAACCAAACCAAACCAAACCAAACCAAAAAAACAAAAAAACCUCACCACCUCACCAAUGUCAGCUUUUCUCAAAAAAAUUUUUUUUUCCAGGCACUUCUUAAACAUCCAAGUUUGUGAGCUCUCUUACUGGACUAGUAAUUUUUAUUUUUAUUUUGUGGCAGGGUGAGUGGAUUCAAGACAGGGUUUUUCUGUGUAGCCCUGGCUGUCCUAAUACUUGCUCUGUAGAGACCAGGCUGGCUGGAAGUCAACAGAUCCACCUGCCUCUGCCUCCCAAGUGCUGGGAGUAAAGGUGUGUACCACUAUGCCCAGUGUGGACUUUUGACUUUAAAGGGGCUUCAUGGGUGGAAAGAUGGCUCAGCAGUUAAGAGAACUAGCUGUUCUUCCAAAGGACCCUGGUUCAAUUCCCAGCACCCACAUGGCAGCUCACAGCUGUCUGUAACUCCAGCUCUAAGAGACCCGACACCGUCACACAGACAUACAUGUAGGCAGAACGGCAAUGCACAUAGACCACAGGAUAAAUGACAAGUAGACACAUUUGUAUCUACGCAAAUCUUGUUCUCUUGGCCUUACUGCAUAGCAAUUCCCAUUUUAAAAUAAACUGCCAUUACCCCUAUUAAACCCUGAAAAAAAAAUUUUUUUUUUUGCGGUGACAAGAUUUGGCACACUCAGCAAAGUUUAAAAGAUGUGUUACUAUGGAUUACCAAUAAUGGUCAAAGGACCAUACCAUUAUUCAGAGUCCUGCGUUGUCCCCCAGAGCUUCCUAACUUCCUCACGCUCAGAGGUGUAGAAUAUCUGGAGCUAGUCACCACACUACCCAGUCACUGUCAACUUUCUCUGGGAACUUAGACUUAGUCAAAGGUCAGUGGCUCUUUCAUAAAGAGCCUUAGUGAUGAACCACCCUAAAGGGUCAAAGUGAUUUUAACUGUAUUUCAGAUCUACCUAUCCUGAGACAUCAAACUUAAGGUAUAAUUAGGAUUCUUUUUGUGUUUUUCAAGACAGAGUUUGUGUGUAGCCCUGGCUGUCCUGGAACUUACUCUGUAGACCAGGCUGGCCUUGAACUCAAAAACCCACCUGCCUCUGCCUCCCAAAUUCUGGGAUUAAAGGCAUGCACUACCACUGUCCCAAUGUAUUAAGAUUCUUAGAAUCAGCAAUAAUUUAAAAGCAAAACCAAAGAGACAGCACAUGAAAAAAAUGACAAAAGCUGCUAUUGGACUAACCAAAUCUAACAACAAAUCUGUUUUUCUACUCCUGGUUACCACAACCACCACCUUUCCAGUUAUAGCAGGUUCUUUUUAAAAUGUGUGUGGGUGUUUAGCUUGCAUGUAUAAAUGUACCACUUGUGUGUCCUUGGAAGCCAGAAAAGGCAUCAGAUCCCCUGUAACUGGGGUUACAGAUGGAUGUGAGCUAACACAUGGGUACGGGAAACUAAACCUGGGUCCUCUAUACAAACAGCCAGUGCUCGUCAGCACUGAGCCCUCUCUCCAAGCUUAGCAGUUCUGAGGUUUUAGGAUGACACACAUUAUAGUUGGCUAAACAACUGGACUGUUAGCCACAUAAAAAAAAAAGGGAGAAUUUUGUUUUGCUUUUAAAAAAACCAAAAACCUUAAACUAUUUUGCCUGCAUUCAUCCGGAUGUUCACCUGGUACCUUUGGAGGUCAGAAGAGUACACUAGAUCUCCUGGAACCCACUGGAGUUACACAUGGCUGUGAGGUGAGACUAAAACCUGACUCCUCUGCAAAGAGCAACAAGGGCUCCUAACCACUGAGGUGUCUGUAUCCUCACUUAGGUUUUUCUUUGUUACUUGAAUCCAUUCCAGAAAAACUAUUGAUAAAGGGGUUUUAAAAAUCACUUUAUUAACUUCUAUAGACCUCCAUGUUAGCCUUCAAAGAUGCAGAAGGCAAAGAACUUAGAACCAACUCUUAAUUCAAAUACCAUGUUUAGGUCUUUUUUUUUUUUUUUGACCUGGUUGUCACUACAUAGCCCAGGCUAGCCUAGAACUGGCGAUGAUUCUUCUGCCUCAGCCUACGAGCUGGGAUUUCAUGCCCGGUUCAGUUUUCUAUUAAUCGUCACUUUUUGUUAUGUGAGACAGGGUCUCACCUAUUGUACAGCCCAAGCUGGAAUAAGCAUUAUAUAUAAAAUCUCAGGAUAACCUCCUCACCCUCCUGCCUCAACUCCACUGCAGGGGCUACAGGAAUAUACCACCAGAUACCCAACUAAAACCUUUCCUGUUUAACCAUGCGUUCUCAUUAAGCUAAGCUCACAACUCCUUCCCUGAUUUCCCCAAAUGUAAAGUUCCUAGACCAAUGUUUUCUUGCUUCCACACUUGGGGGAUGGGAGGAGUAUGAAAAUCAUUAGCUCAUGAUCUAGUGAUAUACCAAGGAAAAGUUCUAACUCAUCUGAGUAGCUGCAGAAAAAGACUUGUGACACAUUUUACAGUCAAUAAAACCCACUUCUUGUUAAA